GCGGCGGCAGAGGCAUGGGCAGCAACGGCGGCAGAGGCAUGGGCAGCAGCGGCGGCAGAGGCAUGGGCAGCAGCGGCGGCAGAGGCAUGGGCAGCAACGGCGGCAGAGGCAUGGGCAGCAGCGGCGGCAGAGGCAUGGGCAGCAGCGGCGGCAGAGGCAUGGGCAGCAGCGGCGGCAGAGGCAUGGGCAGCGGCGGCGGCAGAGGCAUGGGCAGCAGCGGCGGCAGAGGCAUGGGCGGCGGCGGCAGAGGCAUGGGCAGCAGCUGCGAGGCAUGGGCAGCAGCAGCGGCAGAGGCAUGGGCAGCAGCAACGACAGGCAUGGGCAGCAGCAGCGGCAGAGGCAUGGGCAGCAGCAGCAUGAGAGUCAUGGGCAGCAGCAGCAUGAGAGUCAUGGGCAGCAGCAGCAUGAGAGUCAUGGGCAGCAGCAGCAUGAGAGUCAUGGGCAGCAGCAGCAUGAGAGUCAUGGGCAGCAGCAGCAUGAGAGUCAUGGGGAGCAGCAGCAUGAGAGUCAUGGGCAGCAGCAGCAUGAGAGUCAUGGGCAGCAGCAGCAUGAGAGUAAUGGGCAGCAGUAGCAUGAGAGUAAUGGGCAGCAGCAGCAUGAGAGUAAUGGGCAGCAGCAGCAUGAGAGUAAUGGGCAGCAUGAUAGUCAUGGGCAGCAGUAGCAUGGGGGAGCAGAAGGGGCUAUGGCAAGGGAUAAAGGGAGGAUGAAUGGAGGCACGGAAUGGCCCAGGGAUGGAAGCACAUGCAUGAGGAUUGGACAAGUGCUGGAGUGAGGAGCAUACUAAGGGAUGAUGGGUGGAAGCAGAUGGUAGUGGCAGAUGCAUGGGAAAAGGGGCGCAGCAGAGGCAUGGGUAGAGGGGAGCCUGAAAAAUCAUGGGAAGAGGAGCAGGGAAAACAAGGGAGGACGGGAGCAGGAGGGGCAGAAGGAUGUAGCAAAUGUGAGGGAUGGAUAAUGUGGCAUGUGUAGAGACGCCAGGAGGCAGCUAGGGCGGCAGGAGGUGCUAGGGCAGCAUGAGGCAGCUAGGGCAGCAUGAGGCAGUUGGGGCAGCAUGAGACAGCUAGGGCAGCAUGAGGCAGCUAGGUCAGCUUGAGACAGCUAGCAAGGGGAGGGAAGGGGGGGAAGCAGCAAGAGGAAGGUCGGGCAGGGGGGAGGGAGCUAGGGCAGCAGAAGCAGCUGGUGGCAGCAUAAGCGCUAGGGCAGUAGUCGCAGCUGGGACAGCAGAAGC